AUGGAGAUUUUUGCGUGUAUUUUAUUUUUCGUUUCAUUCACUUCAGCAUUUGUAGUGGAGGAAGAGUGCCUGAACUAUACCGUGUAUCCAGUGCAAUAUGACCUCACAUUAGACCCAUAUAUCUAUGCGGACGGCCGUUCAUAUUAUAAUGGUCGUAUAAUUAUUACAAUUAUCGCGAACGCCCCUAAUAUCAACGUAAUAGAGUUAGACGCGAAGGAUUUAGAAAUUAAUAGUGGUUCUGUGCAAGUUUUCGACAAAAACAUUAAUUUAGUGAAUGAAUAUAGACCAUAUGAAUUUGAUAAAAGUAGAGGCAAACUCUACAUAUAUUUACGACAACCUCUUCAACAGUACAGUGUAUCUCGGACUCAGUAUUUCAUUCAUAUAUCAUUUAGUAAGACAGUGGAGCUUAAUAGCGAUGGGAUUUUCGUUGUGAAAUAUGAAAAUGAACAGGGAAAUAGCGAAUACCUCUACACAACCCGCCUUGCACCGAACAGAGCAAAAUAUUUCUUUCCAUGUUUCGACAAUCCUCAAUUCGAAGCAGUAUUCAAGUUUAAAGUCAACAUACUACCUCCUCGGAGAGAUUUUCAACAAUGUAAUACGACACUAGUUAUUGCUAACAAAUUAAAAGAACAAAGAUCAGAGGACAACUAUACGGUUAUCGAGUCCAUAUCGUCACCUCAAGUGGCUUUACAUCAAGUGGGUUUUCAUCAUUCCAAUUUCGGCCAUCGGGAGAUCACAGCUAAGAAUAUCAAUGACACUUUAAAAAUUUGGGCGCCAGUUCAAUUUCUCAAACAUUAUACUUUUAUAAUUGAAUUUGGGAAGACUAUAAUCGAUCUUAUACAUGAAUAUGCAUCAAUCAAUCGGCCUCUUGUGUAUGGACCAAUAAAUAUUGUUGGUGUACCGAAGAUAUUAAAUGGAUACGAAAUUUGUAGUUGGAAUCUGCUUACAAUUGGAAAUAACAGAUUGGCCAAUAUAUAUAAGUAUACAAGUAUUAAGCAAAUACAGCAAAUGGAGUUUGAAUUAGCACAACAGUUGAGUCGUAUAUGGCUCGGAAAUCCUGGAGAAUUACAACGCACUAGAUGGAAGGAAGAGUGGUUUAAAGAAGGCAUUUCCAAUUAUAUUGCAUUUUAUUUGUUAGCUCAAUAUAACCAUGGAUACGUAAUAAUGGGUUUUCGGCGACCAAUUGACAUUUAUGGCAUACAAAUGAAACAUAAAGCGAUGGCUGUCGACUGGCAUCACUCUACUCCAGCUUUAGCAACGUUCAAUCGGACAUUAGCCAUAGAAAUACCAUCGAGAUACAAAGAAUUAGUGGCGAUGAAGACAGCAUCUUUGUUGUGGAUGGUCGAAAAUUGGCUGGGUUCUGAAAAGUUUCACCAGGCUUUAAUCAAAUAUAUAAAUAGCAAGAGAGGUCAAUAUAUAUCAUUAGCGGACUUUAUGACAAAUCUGGAUCUUGAUACUGUGGAAUGUCUACAUCAAUUUUUCAAUGGAUCAACCUCUUCAAGGGUUCUCAGUUCUUGGUUUCAUCAGUCGAGAUACCCUGUUGUGAAUGUUCAAGUAUUUAGAGAUAGAGAUCCUAAUGCGAUACAAUUAAAACAGAAAAAGUUUAGUUUGAUCGAACACGAGAAAACCGACUCUAACUACCUAAUACCCAUAUCCUAUAUUGUACAAAAUAACGAAAACUGCUUCAAUUGUUUUCAACCAAGAUUCACUAUUGGUAUGCAAACUUAUACAUUUAGAGAAAAUCUUAAUGGAGGUUGGAUCAUUCUAAAUAGAAAUGCUUCAGGCUACUAUCGCGUCAAUUAUGACGAGCAAACGUGGAGAUUGAUUGCAAAGACUCUAAAAGAAGAUCACUCAGCGAUUAAUGAACUAAAUAGAGCCGAAAUAGUCAACGAUGUUCUGGCCUUAUACGCAGCUGGUGACUUACAUGAAGAUAUUUCUAGAGAAGUUCUAGAUUAUUUGAAUAAAGAAAUAAGUUUCUUCGUUUGGGAAUCUGUUAUAACUGGUUUCGAAUUUCUGAAGAUAGAAGAUGUAAAAAUGACUAAAACGUUAUAUGGAGAAUGGCAGCAAUUUAUGCAAAACAAAAUAUCGUCAAUAUACAGGAGGCUUUUUAAAAGUACCGAGCAGUACCCGAAGACGAGAUUAUUUCGAAGCAGCAUUAUAGAAUUUGCUUGUGAACUUAAAUAUAAACAGUGUUUGGACGACAUGAGAGAGCAUUACGAGAACUUUUAUAAGUAUAAAGCAAGAUUGAACCCUGAUUUUCGUGAAGCCUGUUACUAUAAUAUAAUGCAAAAUGGUGCAAAUAAAAUUACAUCAAAGUUGAAUAUUUUCGAACUUGAGGAUAAAAACACUGCUGAACAUAAAUUUCAAAAUGAAAAUAGAUUUUUAUAUAGAAUACCUGUGGGAGAACCGAGACCCUCUUAUAUUAUAAAGACGACGACUACAACGACUAGCACUACUGAGAACUCAGUAACUUCAUCGCAAAUGAUCAAUAAAGGGAUGAUGUCAACGGCUUCUUUGUUCUUUAUAAUUCUAGGAAUAUUUCUUAAUUUAAUGAAUAAUAAU